ACAGGCCUCGACAAGAAUCGGUUAGUGAGAAACUACGUUUGGUUGUUGAAGUAUGUAUACAGAAACUUGAGAAUUCAAAUCAAGAUUGAUCCAGCUGCGAACUCUCCGAAAGCUUUUAGAACGUGACAAUUGCUAAGAAUUUCUGCGGCACGCGUAGAAGAGAUCGUUUUUCUUGCAACCAAUUGGUCCCAUCGCAAAACAUCAACGAAAUGCAAGCACGUUUCAUUAUCUACUUGUUGAUUUUGGUGAUAAUCACGGAAGGCGAGGCAUGGAGAAGGAGAAGGAGAAGGCGCUGGACUCCACCGCCGCCUCAAAACUGCGUUGUCUCCGGGUGGAGCUCAUGGAGUACCUGUUCACAGCAAUGCCAUAUUGGAACCCAAAGAAGGACACGUACUGUCACCACUGGUGCUAGCUGGGGAGGCUCUUGUCCAUAUCAUUUGUCUGAACAAAAAUCAUGCGGUGUAAUCAAUGGAGGAUGUGAUCAGCUAUGUAACAAUGGGGUGUGUUCUUGUCAAUCAGGCUACACACAGUCAGGUAGCAAAUGUUAUGAUAUUGAUGAGUGUGCACCAAAUGGUGGUAAGGGUCCAUGUAGUCACAUCUGUACAAACCAUGAUGGCUGGUAUAGCUGCCAAUGCCCUACUGGAUAUUAUCUAGCCACUGAUUCCAGAACAUGUCAUGCCUUUGAUUGUGGCAGCCCUGCUUCACUUUUCAAUCCAUGCCCACAAGACUCUUACAGUGACCACAUCUCCUCUGUUUGUCGCCAAGUUAAUGUAAACUGCUUGCAAGGAACAACCUACAAUGAACAGUGUUCAUUAACCUGUCCUCAGGACUAUGCACUUGCAAAGAUUUUUGCACAGCAGAACAAAAAAUUUGGUGAGGAUUAUUCCAAAGUUGACUUCUCCUCUGUGACUUCCAUUCUAACUUGCCAGAAAACACAAAACUGGCAGACCUCAGAUGUUUGGGAUGUACUGGACAGUAAUCUUAGGAAUUACUACUGCAGACGCAAAAAUGACCCCCCUAGAGACUUACUUCUAAAGGGGACUGUUCUUUUAGAACACGCACCUGUAAAUAGCAUUAUUGGAACUUUAAGUUCUCAUGAUGCACAGCCAGGACAGACUUUUAUGUAUACAGUUCAACAACCCAAUGACCUUCUAGUGGCUCAAGGAGAUAAGUUGAUAAAUGUAUGGGACAAUCCAGUUCUAAAUGGGAAUGUGACUUUAAUCCAAGGCAAAUAUUUAGCAGUAAAAAUAAGAUCAACAGAUGAUGGAAUGCCUCCCAUGUGGCUGGAGAAGACUUUUCAAAUAACAGUUCAGAAUGUGAAUGAUCCUCCUAAGCAGGUCAACCUUUCAAAUUCUGUCAUCUUUGAGAAUGCAACUUUAGGAACCGUGAUAGGAGAGCUGACAGCAGUAGAUGGAGAUGACCCACCAAACACUCAUCUCCAUGCAAAUUUUAAGUGGGGGCUGAUUAAUGAUGCAAAUGGAAAAUUUGGUAUCACCGCGAAUAAGGUCACAGUUGCCCAGAAUUUGGUACCAGGAUUGUACAAGAUAAUUGUUAGUUGUACAGACUUUGGAAAACCAGCAGAGCAAACCACAGAAGAUUUCAUCAUAAAUGUGAUAAAUGUUAAUGACAUCCCACAAGCUUUAAUGCUGACAAGUACCACUGUACAUGAAACAGCUCCUGUAAACACAAUUGUAGGUCAACUUGUUGCAAUUGACAAAGAUGGUGAUGACAUCUCCUUUGACAUCAGCCAAUCAGAUGUGAUGACGUUGAAUAAAUUUGACAUAGCUAAUGCCCAGUGUGCAAAUAAUGGGCAAGGAUUAGAGAAAGAGUGCAAAGUGAAUGUCACAGUAAAAGCUCCUUUGAAUUACGAGAGGAAAUCAUGGUACAGGCUGAAUGUCAAAGCUAAUGAUUCUCAAACACAGGUGUUCAAGAUGUUCAACAUUGAAAUUAUCAAUGACAAUGAGGCUCCAACAACUAUCACUCUGACAGGGUCACACACAGUGUUGGAAAACUCUGUUGCAGGAACAGUUGUUGGACAGUUUGUGGUCACUGACCCCGAUAAUGCAAAGUCACCAUCACAUCAGUCUCACACAUGUUUAUUUGACGUCAAUCAUCCCAGCGAUGAAAGUUAUUUCAUCAUCAGUACAGGACUUGUUUUGAAAGUGAAAGGAGCCCAGCAGAUUGAUUAUGAGAACAUGAAAACUCUUUCAUUUUCUGUCUUAUGUACUGAUAGUGGGCAUCCAUCUAAGUCACUGUCUACUAGUUUUUUCAUAUCAGUGAAAGAUGUCAAUGAGGCUCCGGUCAACCUUACAUUGUCCAGUACAAAUGUGGAUGAAAACUCUCCCCCGGGUACUCCUGUGGGGAGCCUUUCCUCAGACGAUCCAGACCAACCUGGAGGUGUCCACACCUAUACCAUUGUGGGACCUGCUGGUGUACCAUUUACCAUUGGAGGAACAAACAACAGGGCGCUCCUUGUAAAUGGUACCUUGGAUCAUGAAACAAAACCCAUUGUCUUGGUCAUUAUCAGGGCGACAGAUAAUGGAGGACUUUUUGUGGAAAAAACCUUCAAGAUAACCAUUAAUGAUAUCAAUGAUCCUCCAAGCAACCUUUCCCUUGAAACACCAUCAAUGGAAGAAAACAGCGCCAAAAGAGUGCUCAUUAGUUCCAUAAUACUCACAGACCAAGAUGGGGACCUUCCUUCCUGUAGACUGUUGGACGACGCUGGUGGGCGUGUCAGCGUUGUGGGCACAAAUCUGGUUGCAGGACCUACCUUGACUGAUUAUGAAUCAGCUCAACUGCCAUCAACAAAAGACAUCAGUAUUAAAUUGAAUUGCUCUGAUGGUCAUGGGAUGUUCAUUGCAAAACAUUUUACCAUUAAAGUUAUGGAUGUGAAUGAGGUGCCAUCAGAUAUUACUUUGAGCGCCACUUCUGUAGAUGAGAACAGACCCGACACAAACGUUGGUAAAGUUACAGUAACAGACCCAGACAUUGGUCAGCAGCAUCGUUGCACAGUGCAUGACCGUGUCGUAUCAGAUUCUGGGAGAACAAGCAAGUUUUUCACAGUGGAUGCUUCAUUAAACCUGAAAACAUUAACUGGGUUGAAUUUUGAAGCUCAUCACAGCUUGGAUAUUUGGAUAAACUGCAGCGACAUUGUGGUAGACAGUCUAUUUAAGACGCAGUUGUUUACCAUUUUUGUCAAAGAUGUGAAUGAGGCCCCAAUAGGAUUAUGCAAUGCACCCAUAAUCAUUGGUGUGAAGAGAUCAGUUGGUGCAGUGAUUGCAGAGCUACAGGGAGAUGAUCCUGAUAACGAAAUUGUCAUCCAGAAUAACCCUUCAAAACAGAGUGUGAUCGUCAGGAGUAAACAACAACUGACAUACUCAUUGAGCCCUCAACAAAAUCCCUGGCCGUUUGGAAUUAAAAGUAAUAGUCUUUUCAAGAGUGCGGAGAUAUCCCAAGCUCAAAAUUUCACAAUAAGCGUGGAAGUUAAGGAUGAUGGUAUCAUUGUUGGAAGUUUCUCUUCCAUGGGAUACAAGUACAUCAAGAGCACUCCCUUAUCUACUGUCUUAAACUGCACCAUAAUUGUUUCAGAGUAUCAGCCGACAGAUGAAAUUCUUCUUCAACCCAGUGAAGUGUCCAUUACAGCCAAUGAUGGUUCCCUGGUUGGCACCUUGACAACAAUGACUCAGAAUCCAGGAGAAAAUUUUGUGUAUGAACUCGUGGAUCAGGCACAAUUACCUUUUAGUGUAAUCGGAGACAGGCUUGUUGUCUUCAAGAAGGAUGGUCUGGAUUUUCACGUGUCAAGCGCCGAGGAAGCUUUGAUUCCGGUUUCUAUCAUCAGUAGGGGCAACAUGUCUGCACCAGUAAGGGGAUCGUUCUACGUAAGGAUUAUAGAUGACAGGCCUCAUCCCGUCGACAUCUGUUUGAAUCCUCACACUGUCCAUGAAAAUCAACCACCAAGUACCACUGUGGGUCAACUGACUAUCGACGAUUCAUCGUCGCCGAUAUUUUCUUGUGGUAAACAACGCUGUUGCAAUGAUUAUGGCAGGAAUGCUAAUUAUAAGUGUAAAGUGGACACUCCUAAGAACAACUUGGUUGUUCCCCAGCUUCAGAGGAAUGUGAGUGCACUGUUCCGACUCGAUGAUGAAGAUCGUCUCGUUACUAAGGUCCCAUUGCAGCGCAACGACUUCAAUGAGUCUAAUGGAACUGUGCAUGUUCACUUCAGCUGUUAUCAAGUCAGUAAACCACUUCACUUCGUAGGGAAAUCACUCCAAGUUGUUAUCACAGAUUGUGACAGCAAUGGUGUCUGCCCAGACACCAAAGACUGUCCAGUGUGUCACAAUGGUGGUAGCUGUCUGGACGUGAUUGACGGCUACAACUGCCAUUGUAUGUCUGGUUACACCGGUGUCCAUUGUGAGACAGACAUAGAUGACUGCCAAGGGAUCGAAUGUCAGAACGGAGGUACAUGUCAGGAUGGAAUAGCAUCGUUUACUUGCCAAUGUGCAGUGGGAUUUUCAGGGACGUUAUGUGAGCGGCAGGAAUCUCUUUGUGGCGAUUGUACAGGAGAUACAUUGUGCGUGACCUUUCUUUCAGCGUCUAUCAGGUGUGUAGGAAUGCAGCAGCGGAUCCCAGUCCUUGUGAACGAACCGCAGAUAUCUCCUCAACGAAAGAAAGAACUGGAGGAAGAGAUUGGAGCCAUAUUGGACGCGAAUAGAAAUGAUGGCAACAAAGCCAUUACCAGAAAACGACGAGCGCUAUCAAAUUAUUUCUACGUGGAAGUUCUUCAAACAGUUCCGCUGGCUACUCAACGGCAGAGCCUUUUGAUUAUUACAGCGCUGGAUGCAAGGAACGCAUACUCGCCUCUGCCGGCUUCUGAAGCUUGCAGAAUACUCGCUAACAGUGUGCGGCAGUGUGUGGAAAGCUGUGACAUACUCCAACUAGCCAGGCUUCCCUGCCAAGGGAGUCUUAAUACCAACAUAGGAAAGCCUUCCGAGGGCGUAUCGGCAGGUGGCCUAGGGUCAGGUGGAAUUGCUGGUAUUGCUGUGGUAGUCUUCAUUCUCCUAAUUGCUAUCGUUUUCGCUGCUGUCUUCUACUAUAGAAGAAAACACAAGAAGGCAAAGAACGAACAGGAUCCAGUUCGUUACCAGUCCAGCACGGAAGACGUGGAUUUCUCCGACCCAGUUUACGGCAACCAUGGCAAUGCGCUAUCGUCAGGACCAUCGAGAGUAGAAUGGGCCGAGAAAUUAAGGAAGGAAUCCGAUGGAUUGGCACUAAACAAUUUGAAUCCAACUUCUGUCGUCAAACGUAACGACAUCCAGGUGUCUGACAAUCCUCUGUACCAUAGUCUUGGGAGCGCUGCCGAACCCGGGGCACCCAGCCCAAAUUACGCGAAGGUGGUUGAUACACCUUCGGAGGAUGAGACAGCAGGGGCCAAAAAGAAGAAUAAAGAAGACCACACUUACAUGGAGCCUAAGGAUGUUACCCACGGGGGAGCUUCAAAAAACCAGUAUGAAAAGCCCCCUUCGAAGCGGGUAUCCCACACUAACAAUUCCUACACGGAUCCCAAAGGUGUAACUCCUAAGGGAUCAUUGAAUCCCUGCUAUGAAAUGUCCCCUCCACCGCAGGUGUCGCACACUAACAAUACCUACGCGGAACUUAAAGAUGUUACCUUUACGGGGGCGUCGAAUCCGCGUUAUGCUAAGCCUCCACCGGUACGAACAUCUUUUGUAAACAAGUUAGAUAAUCACCAAGAAGACGUUGGCGCGCUUGGAGAAGGUGCAAACCCUUACUUCAAAAGGGCAAAGGCCAAAGAGCGUGCAUCGAACGCAUCUCAAAUAAAGAAGUUCAGACGUCAGAGAAGUGGCGAGAAAGAAGCAAAUGAAGAAGAAAUUGUCGCGCUCAAAAAGAACGAGGUGCCACCGUCUUUUGAGAAUCCAUUUUACAGAGGCAUUCCUCCAAGAGACCAAGACAAUUUCAUGGAGGAUCCAGCAUACGCGACCAUUCCUGCAUUGCAAGAAUGCCGUCCGUGUAUGCCGCCAAGAACUCAGCAAAGAUCCUACGAUACUACAGCGGAGGAGAUUCAGGUUCAAGAAGUCAACAUAUACGAGAACGUAAACUUUGGAGACACGGAGGCGUAAGCAACAUUUUAAGUAAAGAUUUUUCAGUGGCGAUGUUUUGAUAGUUAGUCGAGUUACUGCAUCUCUUUAAAACAUGCGAACCUUGGAAUUGCAUGUGUAUCACUGAAAGUGAGUUGUACAGGGACUACAUAGAACCGGGCAAAUGUUUUGUUUUAAUUGUUUCCACGGAGAUAUGAUUUUCAUUUUUUUUUCGGAUAUUCUUCAUUCAGCAACUUCGUUUCCAGAGUCUCUCCUCUUGCACUUGCCGCUCUUGGGGCGGAACGAAGAGAGAGUUUGGGAACGAAGUUGAAUCAUAAUUGUGCCUCAGCGAUAAGUUAAUUAAUAAUUAAAUUGAUAUUACAGAGAAAGCACGCAAAUCUUGGAUCUAGCCGAGAUUUAAGUUCAAAGUAAGUUAAAUCAUUCAGACCUUGUAAUAUUCACAAUACUAUGCACCGCUGUACAGUUUUCCAUGCGUUAGCGAGAAAGCAGACAUUAUCAGCUCGUUCGUCAACUUUGCAUGGUAUUUAAGUUCAUACGUCACACGAGUGGGAAGUUCAAAACUUCUCAGAGUUCUUCAAACUUAUCACGAUUUCUUUGAGAUCACGCCAGCGUUGAAAACCGGGAUACAGCCUCAAAGCACUUUGCAUACGAGUAUUUUUACAGAUGAGGUGUUUCUUACCUUUUAUUAAACGACCUUUCUAGAAGUGUAUAAAAGCUUACGCAACUUCCUACUUUGCAGAAGUUUUGGUACAGAAUUAGGUUUUAUGUAACCACUACCAAGAAUAAUGGCAAAGAACAGUUUUUUUUUUAUAUCUGUUAGUUGUAAAUGUAGAGUUUUGUAGAAUUAAUAUGAAGUUUUUUUUACCAUGUAAAGAUGUAGGCUUUAGCGGGGAAUCUUACGAAGCUUAGUAAAGGAGAUGUACACCAUGA